AUGCUUUAGGAUCCUCAAAACAAUGAAGAGAUUAUAUAGCUUUAGACCAUAGAAAAGGAAUUAUCUACCGACUAAUUAUUAUAACAAGCCUGCAAACAAAUUGUAUAAUAAAAUCAAAGUAAAGUCUCAUUAAUAAAAGAUCCGAGAUUGUCCUUUUUUUUACAAGAGUUAUUCAAAGUACUCGUUAAUUCAUAUAUACAAAAAGAUGCUCUCCAGAAAGCAACCAAAAUAUUGAACACCAUUUUAAAUAAAUCAAAAUUCAAGAAUAAACCUAUAUAAAAUUCAGAUUUAAGUCAUUAUAUAAACCAGAAAUAUAAUGAAGUCUUGGCUCAUUUUUAUGAAAAAGCCUUUUUAAAAGGUCCCGAUGAUGCAUUCAAGCAUAUGAAUUAUAUUUAUUACAAAAAGAUUGCAUGGGAUUACUUGCAGUCUCCUAGUUGUGUAAAUUAGGUAUUGUCAAAGAACAUCUUAACAAAAAUUGAUUAAUCCUAUUAAACCUUCACUGGUAUCACUUGUUAAGAAUUUGAAAUGGCUGUAUUUGAUAGUUUCAAUUAGCAGGAAUAGGAAUUAUUUACAUAAAUUGUUUCUGACGAUUAAAGUAAAGCUCCUAAAUAGACAAAUAGCUUAUAAGAAAAAUUCUUGCAAAAUCUUCCUCCAGAUCUGUAGGAUAAAUUUAAAAGCUUAAAUUUUUCAAAUAUUUAAGCCUUUAAAGAUCACCUCAUAUAAGAAAAGUAGAAUAAAGGUAUAGAAAAAAUAUUAGGAUACAUAUUUGUAGACAAAUUAAACUUUUAUUUAAAUUCUUAUUAUUUUGUGAAUUCAGCAAAAAAGAUCAAGGAGAAUAAAUCAGAUUUGUAAAAACAAUUACAUGAGCUUGAAAAAGAUAUUAUGGAUUCUCAGAAGGAUUAUUAUUCUUUUAUUGAUAUUCCAUCUGUCAAAUACUUUUAUAAAAGUUUAAAGUCAAAACGUGUUCGAAAUUUGAAAGGAUAAUGCUUUUCAUUUAAAAAACGAUUGAUUGAAUUUAUAAAAUAAGAAAUCAAUUCUUUUGAAGUUCCAAGAAAAUUCAAUUUAUCAUAAUCUGAAAAGUGGAAUGACAUUUACUUUAGUUUAUACACAGAAUUACAAAGAGCUACUACAAUUGAAGAGUCAAAUCUUGUUUUUAAAUUAAUCUAAAAUGUGUAACAAUUAAUCCUAUCUUUCCUUAAAUUUAGAUGGAACUACCUUUAUUUAUUUUGUGCAUUGAUUGUCGAAGCUAGAUUGGAAUAAGAAGAAUUGGAAUAGAUUUUAGACAUAGCCUACAAUAUGAUGCAAAAUACAUCAAAAGUCAAUCUAAAUAAGACAUUUGAUUAGAUUUUAGCAUAAUUAAAUGAAAAAGCAAAUACCUAAAUAGUAUCUGAGUAUUUUAAUAAAAAUGAACAUAAUUUGGGUUACAAUUCUGUAUCACUUUUGGAGUCUCUCCUUCCUUACAUCAAUAAUAAAUUAAUUAAAGUUAUGCUUCAAGUUAAUUUGCAAAUUGCUUAAAAAAUAAGAUUGAUAAAUGAGUUGAAAGCUUGUGAAGUCCACUUAAUACAUGACAGCAGUCAAUAUUUAAAAAACUUUGGAAAAGUUUUUGAGAAACUUUCUGAUACCCUUCUAGAAGGAGAAAAGGAUGAAAAGGAUUCAAAAAUGCAAUUUUUCAAAGUUUAUCCAUUUUUAUAUUAGCAAAAAUUAAAAAACUUAAUUAAUGAAAGGUCAAAUAAAUAAUUAGCUUCUUAGGUUUUCAAACAGUAUAUAUUUAAUGUUUCAAAAUUGAAAUCCGAUUUUUUGAAAAAAGAAUUAGGUCAAUAUUAAGAAAUAUUUUAAAGGGAAGAUAAAAUUAGUUAGAUUUGUGAACAAUAUAUUUAAAAAGAAGCAGAAAAGCUAAAUUAAUAAUAAUAAAAUGAUGUUUAAAAAGAACUGUUAUCAGAUAAUCCUUUUAUUACUUUUUUGCCAGCUCUAUAUAAAGGGUUGGCAUUUUUCAGAUGGUAAAAGUUAUAGUAUUUUGAGAAAGUUGAAAGAGUAAGAAUUGCAGCUGUGGCAUUCAAGGAUAAAGAUUAAAAUGAAAUAAAUAAAUUUUUGGAUUAUAUGAGUCUGUAAAAAGAAUUAUUUACUUUUGAAUAGCAAUUUCAAAUAGCAAAGAAUAUCUAUAAUUUUUAUAUCACAUUGCCUUAAUAUGGUACAGAUUGUAAACCAAUAGCAGAACCCUUUCCCCUUUUUAGUUAAAUGAAAAGCAUCACUGAUUAUAAUUCUACUUCUUAUAAUGCCAUUUGUUUUUUUACAACUAAGUUUUUUUCUUAAGACUAAAAGAAUGUUAUUAAAAGUGAAGAACAAUUAAAAGGUGAAUUUUUCAAGAAAAUUUCAAAUUUAAUGAGUGAUAAAACCUACUUUGAAACUACAUAAUAAGAUAUUUUGGCAGUAUAUUAUGAAUUAAAAAAUUACAAAGCUUAAUUAAUAAAAGAAGUGCAGUAAACUAAUGACUAAAAUUUUUAAAAUAAAUGUAUAGAUGUAUUUCAAAAAUAUGCUAGUAGAUAGUAUAUUCUCAAUGAGAUUAUCGAAUUUAAGAAAUAAAAUAAAUUACCUCAAAAUGAAAUAGAACAGUAUUCUUAUGUUAAGACUUUUUGGGUGCAAGUUGCAAACAUGGAAUUAAGAUAGAUUAAUGAUAAUACAAUUAAAAAAAAAAUUGAAGACUAUUUUAGAUAAAUACUUACUUUUCCUACAUGUGCUUAAAUCAAUGAAAAAAUAUAAAAGGAUAUGAAUACAUUUCCAGAUGCUGUUAUUAAAGACCUGAUAAAGAAACACUACUCCAAAUACAAAGAUGAUAUUGAAAAUAAUCCUAAAAAACCUAUUUUACCACCUACUGAAAAUAAAUAGUCCAUACUAUAGAUGCUAGUGAUAUAGAAGAAGUUAACUUCAUUAAGAAGAGAUACAAAAUAUAAAGAGUUUUUGGUAGAAGACUAGGUUUUGACAUUUAUUAAUGAAUAAUUUAGUUUAUAUAUGAAAUAACUUUUAGGAAAAGUAUUUUAGGUAGCUUUAGCAUAGAAACCAGGGUAUGAAUUAAAAGUAUUUUAAAAUAAAACUAUUUCAUAAAAUGAUGCUUAAAUGUUAAAAUAUAGACAAAAUUUAGAAUUGUAAGGAAGAUUUGGACCCCAAAAAAAUUCAUAUCUUGACAUCUCAUUACUUACGAGCAACGAGAAUAAGAAUUAAUUAUAUUACGAACUAUGUGAUUAUACACCAACCCAAAGACAAAUAGAAUUCAGGAAUUUCUUAAUAGAAAUAGAACCUCUUUAAGAGGAUAAGUUGAAGAACAAAAUAAGAAAAAGUAAGUGGAAAGAAGAACAUCCUGAAUUAGAGGAGGUUCUUAAAAAGAGAAUCAAAAGAGGGGCAGAAUUAUGGAAUUCAGUUUAAGACUUCCUUUGUAAAAGAGAGAGUAAUGAAAAUAUGAUGGAUUCUGAUGAGGAAUCAGAUAAAUAUAAGGGUUAAUAACAAUAAGUUGUUGAUAUUGUGGAAGAUGAUCAAUUAGACUAAAAACUUCAGGAUGUCCAAAGAAAUUUCGAAAGACAAUUGUUGACUGGAAAAAAUUACAUAAAGACUAGAUUAAAUAAUAUGGAUAAUGAUAAUCCAUUAUUAACUCAAAAGGAAAUAAAUGUAAAAACAGUUCAGUUUGUAUUGGAGUAACAUCCCUUCUUCAAAAAGAGUAAGAUUUUGUACAAAUCUUAUAUUUUGUGA